AUGUCGGGUGUCAUCUCCAUUCGGUCCCUGUCACAUCUGAAGCAGUGCAAAUCAGCGCUCCUCUUUGAGUCUCUGUGUCCUCAUCUGUACAGUGGAGGUGACAAUAAUGCCAUCUCUCUGAUCAGGUAUGAUCGAUUGCUAGAAACCUGUUCUAUUGCUCUUGUGGGUAAAUACACCAAGUUCUCAGACUCCUACGCCUCAGUCAUUAAAGCACUGGAGCAUUCUGCACUCGCAAUCAACCACAAAUUGGAAAUUAAGUAUAUAGAUUCCACGGACCUGGAGCUGAGCACUAUGCAGGAGGAGCCUGUGCGCUACCAUGAGGCGUGGCAGAAGCUGUGCAGUGCCCAUGGUGUGCUGGUUCCAGGAGGGUUUGGUGUUCGAGGGACUGAAGGAAAAAUCCAAGCAAUUUCCUGGGCUCGGAAACAGAAAAAGCCUUUUUUGGGUGUGUGCUUAGGGAUGCAGUUGGCAGUGGUUGAGUUUUCAAGAAAUGUCCUGGGGUGGCAAGAUGCCAAUUCUACAGAGUUUGACCCUAAGACCAGUCAUCCUGUGGUCAUAGAAAUGCCAGAACACAAUCCUGGGCAGAUGGGCGGAACCAUGAGGUUGGGCAAGCGGAGAACCCUGUUCCAGACCAAGAACUCUGUCUUGAGGAAACUGUAUGGAGAUUUAGACUACUUGGAAGAGAGGCACCGCCAUCGAUUUGAGGUGAAUCCAGUCUUGAAAAAGUGCCUGGAAGAGCAAGGCCUGAAAUUUGUUGGCCAAGAUGUUGAAGGGGAGAGGAUGGAGAUUGUGGAGUUGGAAGAUCAUCCUUUCUUUGUUGGGGUUCAGUACCACCCUGAGUUCCUGUCCAGGCCUAUCAAACCCUCCCCACCCUACCUCGGCCUCCUGCUGGCCUCUGUGGGGCAGCUUCCACAUUACCUCCAGAAAGGCUGCAGACUCUCACCAAGGGACACCUACAGUGACAGAAGUGGGAGCAGCUCUCCUGACUCUGAAAUCACUGAACUGAAGUUUCCAUCAAUAAAUCACAACUGAUUCGGGAUGAUUCAAGAGAACCCUUGACUUGGAUGGCGUUUACAGCUAUGAUCUUAUACUUGGCUUUUGACACUUUUAUUUUAUUGGUACAUUUUAGAUAUAUAUAUAAUGGUCACUUUCA